UCCCUGGUCACUAACAAUGGACGGCAAAAACAACACAGCCAUGCUGUAACCAAUGCAAUGACCUACUGUGCUGAGCUGGUUUGCACCGCUUAGCAAAGCAGUCGAGCCCUUCUUCUCUGAAGUCAUUUGGAUUUGCCGGAACUGUUGUCAUACUCGUUAGAAAUCGUGCAACUUCACACAUUUGCGCUGCAGAGGCGAAGAGGCGAAGAGACAACUGGUCAGCUCCCAGCAUCCAAAAUGAACAUGAAACUUGAAAUGAGCAAUGUCGGUCUAAAAGUUGGGGAUCAGCUGAAGAUAAAAGGAGAGAUUCUGCAUGAUGCUGAGCGAUUCCAGAUUGACCUUGGCUAUGAUGUAGAGGACCUGGCUCUGCACUUUAAUCCCCGUUUCCAUGAUGACACGGACGGAGCUGUCGUCGUGUGCAACUCAAAGACUGCCGGUUUGUGGGGGGAUGAGAAAAGGGAAAUGCACAACCCCCUGCAGAGAGGCACACAUGUUAAGAUUGUGCUGAAGCUGGCUGGUGACAUGUUUGAAGUGGAACUUCCUGAUGGACAUGAAAUCCAGUUUCCCAACCGAGUCAACCUGGAUGUCAUCAACUACAUCAGAAUCACAGGAGACUUCAAACUCACUUGCUUAAAGAUUGGCUAAGCUAUAUACAACCAUACUGUCUGCAUGUUGGUCCCAAUUUACUUUAAUCUAAAUAUACCCUGUUCUACAUCAAAUUGCAAAGUUUAAAUGCAAUUCAGAUAUUCUGUCAACAUCUCAGAAUUCAAAAACAUUGCCAAUGAUGUUUUUUUCUCUGGUGUGCCUUUUUUAUAUGAAAACAUGCAGUAAUGGGAAACCCUAAAAGAAAAUGUACAAUUCAAUACAUGAUAUGGCUCAAAUGAGGAGGUAAAAAAAAAUCACCAUAUCCUGUUUGACUGACUGUGUUCUGGAAAUGCAUUAAAAAGUAUGUUUAA